CUCAUUUUCCACUAAAUAUCCCCACCUGACACCUGAGAGCAAUCUGGUUGGAUCUUCCAGUUCGCUUAUUUUUGCACCCACAAUUGAGAAUACUCCUUGCGUGGACGACCAUUUGGCGGCUCUUCUCCAUCAACUACACUGAUUCCCGUGGCAUUCUCCUUUUCCCAAAGUACAUCAGUCCAUAAACCGUUGCAAUGGCGAAAUCCAAGAACUCGUCCCAGCACAACCAGUCGAAGAAGGCUCACCGUAACGGUAUCAAGAAGCCUAAGACCAACCGAUACCCAUCAUUGAAGGGUACCGACCCCAAGUUCCGACGCAACCACAGAUAUGCCCUACACGGAACAAUGCGCGCCCUGAAAGAGAAGGCGGAAGGCAAGCGUGAAACGGUUUAAACGGAUUCCUACUAGACAGUAUUUGGGGUUACGAUGCUGUGGGUGGAAAACAGGGCACUUACGGAAAACGUGCGGACAUGAUCAUGGCGUCAACGGUCUUGCAUUUGUCUAUGGAGAAUACGA